UGAGAUGAUCAUCAUGAAGAUGGACCUGCUACCUCUCAAUGAGCGCAUUAACUGGAGUUUGAGAUUAAUGAAUCCAGGAUGUUGGGUUUUCUUGCUUGUUCUUCUCAUUCAAGUAUUGGUCAUAUCAGCAGAUACAGACCCUCAGGAUGCUGCUGUGCUAAAUUCCCUUGCCAGUUCGUGGGAUAACACGCCAUCCAACUGGAUCGGUUCGGACCCUUGUGGUGACAAGUGGGUCGGAAUCAGCUGCACCAAUUCACGUGUCAUCUCAAUAACACUCUCGAGCUUGGGACUGACUGGGACACUUUCUGGAGACAUUCAGUCUUUAAAUGAAUUGCAAGCUUUGGAUCUGUCAUACAACAAGGGUCUAACUGGGGGGAUUCCAGCAUCAAUUGGGAGUUUGAGUAAACUAGUAAACUUGAUUCUCGUAGGUUGCAGCUUUUCCGGUGAAAUACCUCCUGAAAUAGGCAAUCUACCAAGGCUGGUCUUUUUAUCUUUAAAUUCUAAUAGCUUUACUGGAAGCAUACCCAAAACCCUUGGUAACUUGUCAAAACUAUAUUGGUUUGACUUGGCUGACAACAAGCUUACUGGAACAAUACCAGUCUCUGAUGGCAAUAAACCUGGUCUCGAUUUGUUGACCCAUUGCAAGCACUUCCAUUUUGGAGUGAACCAACUCUCUGGUACCAUCCCAAGUAAACUUUUUAACUCAGACAUGCGACUGAUACAUGUGCUUUUUGAUAACAAUAAUCUUACGGGAAGCAUCCCACCUACUCUGGGGCUCUUGAGUCAUCUAGAGGUUCUCCGCCUUGAUGCUAAUUCAUUAAGCGGGCCUGUUCCUUCAAACAUUAACAACCUCACCAAACUUGCAGAACUGCAUCUAGCAAAUAACCAGUUGACUGGUACCUUGCCAAACUUAUCUGGCAUGACUGCGCUCAGCUUUGUGGACAUGAGCAACAACUCGUUUGAUGCAUCAGAGGUUCCACCUUGGUUCUCAACCUUGCCAUCUCUGACAUCAUUAUACUUGGAAUUCUUAAAAAUUGGAGGGCAGCUUCCAAAGUCUCUGUUCAGCUUUGCACCAUUACAGACUCUGAAGCUGAGGAGCAAUCGACUCAAUGGAACUAUAGACAUCGGCACAGACUACAGCACCUCACUUGAACUUAUUGACCUGCGGGACAAUGAUAUCAGUCAGAUCACAUUAGGUGGAGGAGGAUUUGAAAAGAAAAUUAUACUUGUCGGCAAUCCAAUUUGCAAUCAAGGAGGAACUGAUCUCCAAUACUGCAAAAUUUCACGACAAUCGACUCCUCCAUAUUCAACUCCACAGAACUGCAUUCCUAUUCCUUGUCCAUCUAACGAGAAUCUCAGUCCCAAUUGUCAUUGUGCAUAUCCAUAUACUGGCACUCUAUAUUUCAGGUCUCCUUCCUUUUCAGACCUUGGGAAUGCCACAAUUUUUCAAAUCUUAGAGGAUGCUCUCAAAAGUUCAUUACUGAAGCAGCUCCCUGUGGACUCAGUGUCUCUUCAGAAUCCAUUUGUAGAUGCUGAUAACAAUCUGGAAAUGACUCUGCAAGUCUUCCCAGGUGGCAAAGAUCGUUUCAAUGAAAUAGAUGUUUCAACACUUGGUUUUAUUCUUAGCAAUCAGACCUUCAAGCCUCCAUCCAUUUUUGGGCCUUACUAUUUCAUAGGAGAAGGAUAUUCUGCUGUCCGCGUUGUGGCACCAAGUUCAAAAUCAAAUCGCCUGCCUGUGAUUAUUGGUGCAUCAGUUGGUGGAGCGGCUCUUGCUUCUCUAGUGACUGGUUGUGUUGUUUUUGCUAUUAGACACAGGAGAAAAACUAGAAAGCUUAAAGAGAAAAACCAGUCUAUCGUAUCUUGGAGUCGCACUAAAAGCAGCAGCAGUAUUCCACUUUUAAAAGGUGCAAAAUUGUUCUCUUUUGAAGAACUAAGGAAGUGCACCAAUAACUUUUCAGAAGCCAAUCACAUUGGAAAUGGUAGUUACGGAAAGGUUUACAGAGGAAUACUUACAGAUGGACAACUGGUUGCUGUCAAAAGGGCUCAGCAGGGAUCCAUGCAAGGUGGGCUUGAAUUUAACACUGAGAUCGAGCUGCUUUCCAGGGUCCACCAUAAAAACCUGGUCACUCUUGUUGGUUUCUGCUUUGACCAAGGUGAACAAAUAUUGGUUUAUGAAUAUGUUCCAAAUGGUACUCUCAAAGAAAGUCUAUCAGGAAAAUCUGGUGUUCACUUAGAUUGGAAAAGGAGACUUCGAGUGGCACUUGGUGCAGCUAGAGGUCUGGCUUAUCUACAUGAGCUUGCAAACCCUCCCAUUGUUCACAGAGAUAUCAAAUCAAGCAACAUCCUCCUGGAUGAUCAUUUGAAUGCAAAGGUUUCUGAUUUUGGUCUCUCAAAGCCAAUGGGAGAUGAUACAAAGGGAUAUGUCACGACUCAAGUGAAGGGGACAAUGGGAUACUUGGAUCCUGAAUAUUACAUGACUCAACAGUUGACCGAGAAGAGUGACGUGUAUAGCUUUGGUGUCUUACUCCUAGAGUUAAUAACUGCAAAAAAACCUUUAGAGAGAGGGCGAUACAUUGUAAGAGAGGUCAGGGUUAUGAUGGACAAGACAAAGGAUCUCUACGGCCUUCAUGAACUUCUUGAUCCUGCAAUUGGGUUAGGGACAACCCUUGGUGGGUUUGAGAAAUAUGUUGACUUGGCAAUCCAAUGCGUGGAAGACUCGGGAAAUGAUCGGCCUGCAAUGAGCGAUGUGGUGAAGGAGAUUGAGAACAUCAUGCAGUUGGUUGGUAUGAACCCAAAUGCUGACUCUGCAUCAGCUUCAUUAAGCUACAUCAGUUCAAGCAGGAGCCCUGUUCGUCAUCCAUAUAGUAAUGUAGGCAACUUUGAUUACAGUGGUGGGGUACCUCCUUCCGAACUAGAACCCAAGUGAGAGAAGUGAUCAAGAUCAUGUCCAUGUAUAUUUUGUGAAUGAUGUGCUGGGUAUUGUAUUGACUCAUUCCAGCAUACUGUGGCAGAUUAUUUUGAAGAGGAAAUGUUAACUGGAGUAUCAAUUGUUUUUUUUUUGUUUUUUUUUGUAUUAAUAGACUUUGUUGUAUGUGCACAUUCUAGUCCACUAGUUUGUAUAGAAUGUCUGUCAACUUCUAAGUCUUACUGCA